AUGGUCUCUUCUUUUCCGAUUGUGGCUAAGACGACCGUAGGCGGACUAACAGGGAGUUUGGUAUCCGAAAACGGUCUGACCAGUAAUGAAGAUAGAGUGGAUGUCGGUGGAGCCAAUAUUGGGUUGAAAGGUGGCGCACCU